AUGCCGAUAAAGCGUUCUUACGCAACUGCAAUUGUAGCUGAUUGGGUGGUUGUUGGUGAUGUUCAGUACUUGCAUCGUGCCACCAUAAUCUUUGGGUCAGACGGGGAAAUGAAAGAAAAAAAGCUGGUUGUUUCCUUCCUCAUCCAUCUUAAAUUGUAUGUACAGGAAGACGCUACUGAGGUGUUCUUUAAACGUGAGCGCCUGAUCCCGUUCGAUGACGACGAAGGUAUCAUCCACAUACCGCGCCCAAAAUUUCGGUCUGCGGUGUUUGAAGACCAGCGACUCUAA